AUAAAAGAGGGGAUGCUGAUGAAACAGACCAGCUCCUUCCAGCGCUGGAAGAGACGAUAUUUUAAACUACGAGGACGAACUCUUUACUAUGCAAAAACUGCUAAGUCCAUUAUUUUUGAUGAGGUGGAUCUGACAGAUGCCAGUGUGGCAGAAUCUAGCACUAAGAAUGUCAACAACAGCUUCACGAUUAUCACUCCAUGUCGGAAGCUCAUCCUUUGUGCUGAUAACAGAAAAGAGAUGGAAGAUUGGAUUGCAGCACUGAAGACUGUACAAAACCGUGAACAUUUUGAGUCUACCCAGUACAGCAUGGACCAUUUCUCAGGGAUGCAUAACUGGUACGCCUGCUCACAUGCUCGGCCAACAUACUGCAAUGUGUGUCGGGAGGCAUUAUCUGGAGUCACAUCACAUGGGCUCUCCUGUGAAGUGUGCAAGUUUAAAGCCCACAAGCGGUGUGCUGUGCGGGCAACCAAUAAUUGCAAGUGGACAACUCUGGCCUCUAUCGGGAAGGAUAUCAUUGAGGAUGAAGAUGGGAUCUCGAUGCCACAUCAGUGGUUGGAGGGAAACCUGCCUGUGAGUGCCAAAUGCACUGUGUGUGAUAAAACCUGUGGCAGUGUCCUACGUUUGCAAGACUGGCGCUGCCUUUGGUGCAAAGCCAUGGUACACACAGCAUGUAAAGAGUUGUUACCAAACAAGUGCCCUCUUGGGCUGUGCAAAGUAUCUGUCAUUCCUCCUACUGCUCUUAACAGCAUUGAUUCAGACGGUUUCUGGAAAGCUACUUGUCCCCCUUCUUGCACAAGCCCUUUGUUGGUCUUUGUCAACUCAAAAAGUGGAGACAACCAAGGCGUAAAAUUUCUGCGAAGAUUCAAACAGCUACUGAAUCCAGCCCAGGUCUUUGACCUCAUGAAUGGAGGACCUCACCUUGGUUUACGCUUAUUCCAGAAAUUUGACACUUUCCGGAUUCUAGUUUGCGGUGGGGACGGAAGUGUUGGCUGGGUUCUCUCCGAAAUUGAUAGCCUCAAUCUUCACAAGCAGUGCCAACUGGGAGUGCUGCCCUUGGGAACAGGGAAUGACCUUGCCCGUGUGUUAGGCUGGGGGUCUGCUUGUGACGAUGAUACCCAGCUCCCGCAGAUCCUGGAGAAGCUGGAGAGAGCCAGUACCAAAAUGCUGGACAGGUGGAGCAUCAUGGUGUACGAAACCAAACUCCCUCGCCAGGCCUCCACUUCCACAGUCACUGAAGAUUUCAGUGAGGAUUCUGAGGUGCAGAAGAUUCUCUUCUAUGAAGACUCAGUGGCUGCUCAUUUGUCCAAAAUUUUGACUUCUGACCAACACUCAGUGGUCAUCUCCUCAGCUAAGGUGCUUUGUGAGACAGUGAAGGAUUUUGUGGCUCGGAAAUAUGAGAAGGCAACGGAAAGCUCAGAGGAAUCGGAAGUCAUGGCCAGGAAGUGCUCUGUCUUGAAGGAGAAGCUGGACUCGUUGCUGAAGACGCUGAAUGAUGAAUCUCAAGCGUCUUCAUCUCUGCCAAACCCUCCUCCCACCAUCGCAGAGGAAACCGAAGAUGGUGAUGGGUCAGGCAGUGCUUGUGAUUCUUCUAGCGACCGGUCGGUGGGCUCAUCAUGUACUGCACGGCCCCAGAUAUUUCGUCCCCGAGAACAGCUCAUGUUGAGAGCAAACAGCUUGAAAAAAGCAAUUCGUCAGAUAAUAGAGCAUGCAGAAAAAGCUGUAGAUGAACAGAAUGCUCAGACCCAGGAGCAAGAGGGCUUCCUCCUUAGUCUCUCAGCCUCUGAAGAGGGCAAGGAGCUGAGGAACGAGGAUAAAAUCUCCCUGCAGUCAUCACACAGCAGCAGCUAUGGAGUGUCUAAAGGGAGGAGCCAGCAGAAAGCUUCCAAGUCUCCUUGCGAAAGACUAAUAAACAAAGGAAAUUUGUCACUGGGCAGCUCUGCAUCUCUUCCUCCCCAGACAGGAAACCGGGACAACUUGCCAAUGCUGAACACAAAAAUCCUCUACCCAAAUAUCCGUGCUGGCAUGUCUGGUUCAUUGCCUGGGAGCUCUGUCAUCAGCCGAUUGUUGAUCCAUGCUGAUCCCUUUAACUCUGAGCCUGAAAAUCUUGAAUGUUACACAGAGAAGUGUGUCAUGAAUAAUUACUUUGGAAUUGGACUGGAUGCAAAGAUUUCUUUGGACUUCAACAACAAACGUGAUGAGCACCCAGAGAAAUGCAGAAGUCGUACUAAAAACAUGAUGUGGUACGGAGUAUUGGGGACCAAGGAGCUGCUACACAGAACAUAUAAAAACCUGGAGCAGAAAGUCUUGCUGGAGUGUGAUGGGAGGCCGAUCCCUUUGCCCAGUCUCCAGGGAAUUGCUGUACUCAACAUUCCCAGCUACGCAGGAGGCACUAACUUCUGGGGGGGAACCAAGGAAGAUGACACAUUUACAGCCCCCUCCUUUGAUGACAAGAUUUUGGAGGUGGUAGCAGUGUUUGGUAGCAUGCAGAUGGCAGUGUCACGUGUGAUAAACCUACAGCAUCACCGUAUUGCACAGUGUCGGACAGUGAAGAUAGCAAUCCUUGGAGAAGAGGGAGUUCCUGUGCAAGUCGAUGGAGAAGCCUGGAUCCAGCCUCCGGGUUAUAUUUGGAUUGUUCAUAAGAACAGGGCACAAACUCUCACUCGAGACAGGGCAUUUGAGAGCACUCUGAAGUCGUGGGAGGACAAACAGAAGUGUGAGUUGUCCCGACCCUCCUCUUUCUCUCUGCAACCAGAGAUCAUGUCCGAAGAAGAAUCCACCCAGAUCAACCAAUUUGGUCAAGCUGCAGGUGCUCUGAUCCACAGCAUUCGGGAAAUAGCCCAAUCCUAUCAGGACAUGGAACAGGAGCUUGCCCAUGCUGUCAAUGCCAGCUCCAAGUCUAUGGACAAAGUCUACGCUAAAUCCAAGUCUACAGAGGGUCUGAACUGCAGCCUUGUUGUAGAGAUGGUGAAUAAUGUCAAAGCCCUGCAUAAUGAGACAGAGCUGCUGCUGGCAGGCAAGAUGGCGCUGCAAUUAGAUCCUCCACAGAAGGAGCAGCUCCAAGCAGCCCUGGCAGACAUGGACCUCCAGCUGAGGAAACUGGCAGACAUCCCUUGGCUGUGGCAGCUUAUGGAGCCCUGUGAUGAGGAGAACCAGAUGCUGGAUUAUUCUAAACGCAGCCGCAGUGGCAAAUUCCGCCUGGUGACCAAAUUUAAAAAGGAGAAGAACAACAAAAAUAAGGAGACUCAUAGUAGCAUGGGAUUGCCGGUUCACCUCUGGGGAACGGAGGAGGUUGCGGCCUGGCUUGAGCACCUCAGUCUUUGUGAGUAUAAGGAUAUCUUCAUCCGGCAUGACGUCCGGGGCUCUGAGCUCCUGCACCUCGAACGGAGGGACCUCAAGGACCUGGGUGUGACCAAAGUGGGUCACAUGAAGAGGAUACUGCACGGGAUCAAGGAGCUGAGCCGGAGUACUCCUGCCAGCGAGGCUUAGCCUCUGUUUUCACAGCCUGUGUCUACCAUUCCCCCUAACUGCACAGCAGUCACCUCGCGGAGCAGAUGUGCUCACAACUGUUUCUACUGAACAGCCAAAUUGUAGCUGUUCAGAGCCCAUAUCAGCCAAGCAUGGUGCUACCAUUUUUCCUGUGGGGUACGACUGCAUCCGGUCGAGAGGCACCUUGUCUGCAAUCAGGCAGAGCCUCCCAGAAGAGAACUCACUUGCUGUUUGAAGAACCAUGUCCUCCAGCGUGGGAAGUUCUGGUUCCAGUGACAGUGCAGGACUCCUGAGAAUUGCAACACAGCUACCUUUACUGGAUAACUUCAUCACAGUAGAAUUAUUCAGGGCAAAAGAUAUAUCGGCCAGUCUUAGUUCAGGAGCAUCUGACAGUCUUUGCAGACACAAAACUUUCCCGCUCAUGUGUGUGUCACACCUGUAUCUUAGAGCAUUUAAGUGGGACA